GUAGUGUAGGCAGUAAGGGGAGUGGGCCGCACCAAAUUCGUCAGGAGGGGGCCGCUAUCAAACUGUAAUUUAAAAUAAUCACGUAAGGUGCUCUAGAGUGCACACGUUAGGAAGGGGUAUCUGAGCGCUCACUCUCCGGGAAUUUUGGACCCUCGCGCUUUUGCCUGGCUUUCUUUCGCAUUGGCUGCGCUCGCGCCCCCCCGGAAGUGCAGGUCCAGACUUCCGGUGAGCCCCGGGCGUCCGCGCGAGGCGGCGGCUGUGGCGGUGGCGGUGUCUGCUGUGAGGGGGCGGUGGCGGCUCCCACCGUAACGUUCCCUGACGAAGUGCACCUGCGAGGCGGAGGCGUCCACCAUGUUCUCCUUCAACAUGUUCGACCACCCGAUUCCCCGGGUCUUCCAGAACCGCUUCUCCACGCAGUACCGCUGCUUCUCCGUGUCCAUGCUCGCGGGGCCUAAUGACAGGUCAGAUGUGGAGAAAGGAGGGAAGAUAAUUAUGCCACCCUCAGCCCUCGACCAACUCAGCCGACUUAACAUCACCUACCCCAUGCUGUUCAAACUGACCAACAAGAACUCGGACCGCAUGACGCACUGUGGCGUGCUGGAGUUUGUGGCUGACGAGGGCAUCUGCUACCUCCCGCACUGGAUGAUGCAGAACCUGCUGCUGGAGGAGGGGGGCCUGGUUCAGGUAGAGAGUGUCAACCUACAGGUAGCCACGUACUCCAAGUUCCAGCCCCAGAGCCCCGACUUCCUGGACAUCACCAACCCCAAGGCCGUGUUAGAAAACGCAUUGAGAAACUUUGCGUGUCUGACCACCGGGGAUGUGAUUGCCAUCAACUACAACGAGAAGAUCUAUGAGCUGCGGGUGAUGGAGACCAAGCCUGACAGGGCUGUGUCCAUCAUCGAGUGUGACAUGAACGUGGACUUCGAUGCUCCACUGGGCUACAAGGAGCCGGAGAGACAAGCCCAGCAUGAGGAGGCAGCCGAAGGCGAAGCUGACCACAGCAGCUAUGCCGGGGAGCUGGGCUUCCGCGCCUUCUCCGGUUCCGGGAAUAGACUGGACGGGAAGAAGAAGGGUGUAGAGCCCAGCCCCUCCCCAAUCAAGCCCGGAGACAUCAAGAGAGGAAUUCCCAACUAUGAAUUUAAACUUGGUAAGAUCACGUUCAUCAGAAAUUCACGUCCACUGGUGAAAAAGGUUGAAGAGGAUGAAGCUGGAGGCAGAUUCGUCGCUUUCUCUGGAGAAGGACAGUCGCUGCGUAAAAAGGGAAGAAAGCCAUAGGUUGGGACCAUUGGUUGAUUGGAAAAUAAAAUAAUUGCAACAUG